AUGGCCGUCCCUCUCACCUCAGACCUUCCCGGAACGUCGACGGAAGCAGGUGGCGAUAUUCAGGUUCGAGCAGCUCGCGUGGCCGCCUCGGUUGGUGGCGGAGACCCAAUUCCAGCGGCGGACGUGCACGGGAAAACGGUGGCAACCGGGAAACGGCGGUUCGGUGCGCGAACGUCGGGCGAUCGGCCGGUGGCCGUUUUGGUGUCGUUUCGCGGAACACGCUCGCGCGCUCGGGCAGGCUCGGCCGUCGGUUACCUGGCCGAGAACUGGCCGCGGGAGAAGUCAGACACGUCGGUGGAUACCUGGCAGGUGGAUCCGUUCCUAGAAUUCGCCGCGGUUCCUCCCCCGGCCCCGUGUCCCGCGCGUCCGCGCGCCGCGCGUAUCGGUACCCGCGGCGAUCCUCUCGGCCCCUUGGUGAUUUCAAUGCUCGGUGCGGCCGUGUCCGGGAGGGAGACAGCGCGAGGAAGACGGAGGGAGAUAGGCAGAGCCUGUCCGUGACACCGUGCGCGAUUUUACGAAGUGUCGUGGUAUCCCGUGGCCGUAGCGACCGGUAGAAAGUAAAUCGGACCGUGGGACAGGCGAUCCCGAAAACACGCAGAGAUCGCCGGAGAGAUGCCCGGAGCCGGCCGUCCAGGCUUCCCGUGGACCACGCCGGACGCAGGAUUAUGAGGACGUCGCAGCUGGUGGCUACCAGAGCGAGGUGCAACGCCGACUGAGGACACAGACAUCGAGCAGACCGAGAGGAAGCGAGAGAGAGAGAGAGAGAGAGAGAGAGGUGUAACAGGAGGAUCGUCCCGUGAACCAUGUACCGGCCGAACUUCUACGAGAGCACGUGUCUGAGGUGCGCCCAGACCGUCUACCAGGUGGACAGGGUGGGCCCGCUGAAGGACUUCACGUUCUUCCACGCGGGCUGCUUCAAGUGCGCGAUCUGCGGCACGAAGCUGACCCUGAAGACCUACUACAACAACCAGCACACGAUCAACGACAAGGAGGUCUACUGCAGCAGCCAUGUGCCCAAACCGGGCCCGGGCACCUUGGACGGGUCCAGCGUGGGCAUACGGAGCGCCCUCAACGUGCCCAGGAGCGGUUACGUCAACGAGCAGAUCAGAGCCGGCGGUGCGUCACCGCGUGGAGUCUAUCCACCUUGUUACGAUAAUGUAGACUCGCCUAAUUAUGCCAGGCACCUAAACGGACACGGUUCACCGCCGGCUACGAAUUCGUCCCAGCGUGAUUUCCAUGGGAAUGCCGGCGGAGGAGCGUCCUGGCCUUACAACCACCAUUACGCCGGGGACGGCAGCUACCAGUACGGCAGAUUCGACGCGAGCGCGCUUCACAUCGCCCAUGCCCUUAAGCAGACGGAACUUCAGAAGGGCUACAGCAAGGCACGCGAGAAGCCCAUCGAUUAUUAUCUGGACCGAGACGAACAAACGCGCCUCGAGAUGAAGCACCGCAAAGAGGAGGACGACCUCUACAGGAAAUUCGCGCACCAUCGCGAGGAGGAGGACAGGAGGAUCCGCGAGGAGUUCCGAGACGAAUGGGAGAAAGAGCUGGAGCAGCUGUCGGCCAGAUGGGAACGCGAAAAAGGCGGAAGAGUUCGAACCCAGCAAUUCCAGCAGGAGAAGGAGGACCUGGAGAAGAACAUGACUCUGCGCAGGGACAAGAAGAAGGAGAGUCUCACGCGCAAAAUAAUGGAACACGAACGGGCGGCGACCGCCGCGCUGGUGGAGAAACAGAGCUCCGAGAUGCUGGAGCUGAUCAAUGAGGCGAGGAGCGAGUAUAUGCGCCAGGAGAGCCUGUAUCUCGACGAGGGGGACGGUUAUGCCCAGGAAGCGCCGCCUAUGCCUUAUCCGUCGCGCGCGCCGCCCCCGCAGCCCCCGGCCCUGGCCAAGUAUCACAUCUACAAUGAUCCUCUGGAGUUUGCUGACAUGGAUCAGAUAGCUAUUUCGGUGGCCCAGGAGGAUCAGAAAACGUUCACGGACCUGGUGCGGCAGUUGGUGAGCAGAUGCGGGUCGGACAUAGAAAAGGCGAGGACGAUAUUCCGAUGGAUCACCGUGAAGAAUCUGAACACCAUGCAGUUCGACGAGAAUCUGCGCGGCGACACGCCUAUGGGGUUGCUGAGGGGCAUCAAACACGGGACCGAGAGUUAUCACGUUCUGUUCAAGCGACUGUGCAGUUACGCGGGGCUGCAUUGCGUAGUCAUAAAGGGUUACAGCAAGUCUGCCGGCUACCAGCCGGGAGUGUGUUUCGAGGACAAUAGAUUCAGGAACAGCUGGAACGCGGUCUACGUGGCUGGCGCGUGGCGGUUCGUGCAGUGCAAUUGGGGGGCGAGACAUCUCGUCAAUGCCAAAGAAGUUCCUCGACCUGGCCAACCGAAAGCCAAGAACGACAGUCUCAGAUACGAGUACGAUGACCACUACUUCUUGACGGACCCGAGGGAGUUCAUCUACGAGUUCUUUCCACUCCAAGAGGAGUGGCAGUUGCUCAAACAGCCGAUUUCACUGAAAGACUUCGAGGAGCUGCCUUUCGUCCGCUCGUUGUUCUUCAGGUACGGCCUCUACUUUCCGGAUACGAACACGAACGCCGUUAUGUACACGGAUUCUACGGGCGCCGCGACGGUCAGGAUAGCGAUGCCAGCCCACAUGCAGUCGUCCCUGAUUUUCCACUACAACCUGAAGUUCUACGACAACGACGGCGACGGUUACGACGGCGUGUCGCUGAAACGCUUCGUCAUGCAGUCCGUCGUUGGCAACAUAGUCGCGUUCCGCGUGCACGCGCCGUGUUCGGGCGCGUUCCUGUUGGACAUCUUCGCGAACGCGGUGACGCCCAAGGAAUAUCUGACCGGCGAGCCCAUGAAGUUCAAGAGCGUCUGUAAAUUUAAAAUCGCCUGCGAGGAGCUGCAGACAGUGAUGGUACCACUGCCAGACUGCGCCAGCGGCGAAUGGGGUCCGACAAAGGCUACCAGACUAUUUGGACUUAUACCAAUUACUGACCAGGAGGCUCUAGUGUUCGCCGGCCGCGAGCUAGAGAUCCAGUUCCGCAUGUCCAGGCCGCUGACCGACUUCAUGGCGACGCUGCACAAGAACGGCAUCGAGGAGAAACGGCUGUCGAAGUACGUGACGCACUCGAUCGCCGACGACGACGUGGUGACGUUCUCGAUCAGCUUCCCGGAGGAGGGCCAAUACGGGCUGGACAUUUACACCAGGGAGUCGACGGGCCCGACGAACGUGCCGCACGACGUCACCGGCGAGAAACACUUGCUCACGCACUGCUGCAAGUAUCUGAUAAAUUCCAGCAAACGGAACUAGGCGCGGCGCGCGUCGUUCUAUUUACACACGGAACCAUUUCGCUGGUACGAUUUGUCCGGUGGACGAGCUUCGCGGGGAAUCACAAGGUGCUGCAUCCUCCUUCGACCACGCGAACGGUGCGCGUCCUUCGGUUGGCCCGCCGAGGGAUCCACGAACGACGCGAAAGAACUAAUCUACCGAAAGAUUAACCUCCACUUGCCAGUAAAUUACCUGUUAACUAAGGAUCGCGCGGGGUGCUCCGCUGUAGCCGAGAAAGUAGGUCGAAGGUAUCGACGUUUCACCGGAAUUCCCGAGCGUGGGGUCGCUGCGAUUUUAUUUAACCAUCCGUCCGCGCCGCACGCCUUUUCGCCGACUGUUUCGCAACGAUACCGUUGGAGAAGAUUUCCGUCGGAAAAGCUUGGAGCCCGCGAUAGUCCGAUUUCACGGGGAGCACAAUGGGUAAGGUAACGUUGUAAAUAUUCAGAGGAUCAAACGCUCGGAGAACACGCGGCGGCGACCCGACGAUUCCGUGCCGGCGCGCUACCUCCGCGUUUCUACGUAGAUUUAGCAACAAUAAGCUUCUAAUUGUUCGAGGAUAAUUAUCGGGGAGAAGUAUCUCUAAGUGGACGGGCGUGUUGCGUCGCGGGAAGGCGUAAUGAGGUGCGCGACCGCGGCCGAAACCUACUUGCGUAAGCUGUAUUUAAUAGGAGAGCCUUUUAUUUAACUCGCUGAUGAUUAUUUUUUCCAUGCCCAUUGUCGUCCGUGCUUUUUCCGCGAGAAAGAAAGUUCGCAAUUAUAGUUAACUAGCCGUGGAGAUCGCGCGGUGCUCCCUGACCGGAUUAAUCAAACUUUCCCGGCCCGGUUCCCGGUCCGAAGCAAUUAAUCCCAAUUACGCCGUUCGGCCGUUUCCAUUGAAUCCCGGUGAAUUGCGCGUUCCGCCGUUCGUUCCGCGUUUUCGAGUGGUGCCGCCGCGAUUUUCCGUCGGGGCCGCGUGCUCGAAUCGCGCGGGGUGCUUCUGUGUACACGCGAAUCACACGCGCGGCCGUCUCGAUUUUCGUCGUGCGGCGUUCUCGCGAGCGAAAGCCACGUAACGUGAUUUCGUUCUUCGAGCUCGCUUACUUUCUUCCGUUAAGUCGUCCCACGCUCUUUUUGUAUUUUUCUAACGGUUAAGCGUUCCGCUCUGCUCUCCCCGCCCUCGCCCCCCUUUCUCCACGUUUUUCCGCGAGGAACGACCGUCACCGCGAAAUUCUGGUCGACUACGAGACGCGACGAGACGGCGGUGGUCCUCGCUCGCCGCCGGAUUUCACGAAGAACACGCAGCGACUGGAGGGAUUAUUUAUAUUCAUUUAUGGUCUAGAGAGCUUUUGGAAUCGCGAAAGUUUUGCGGUUACGGUGGUUUUCGAUGUUCAGGUGCUAUAUGUUAUUCUGUCGCGAUUAGUUGCACGAGUCUAGGUACGUUCCGACGCGAGAAGCGUAGGUGUGCUGAAUUCUUUGGACACGACGAGCGGAUUUAUUCCGCGGGGAAUCACGUGUUGCAGAAGGAAAUUGCGAGAAUUGUUUGUCGUGUGCGGAUUUUGAAUUAUUUAUGUUUCUUUUACGGAGCGAACUCGUUCGGCAGUCCUACGCUUUCUACGGUAUAACGCUCAGACCGAACAACAAUUGUUUUCUAAGUAUAUAGAUAUAUAUAUAUAUAUGUUUGUUAAUUAUUGUAAUAUUAAUAAUUCUCUUCCCUUUGUUGUUACUCGAAAAAUGAUUACCACGCUUGCGAGAGGAGCUUCUGUCGAUCCGCAUUCCCGUUACCGUGGGAUAAAGUAUAACUCGAGCUUAUUACCCUUUCUCAUUGUUUCUCUUUCUCUAACGAGCAUGUAAAUGAAUUUUUAUACCCACUACAAACACGUAAUAAGGACUCGUGUUCUUGUAAAGAA